AUGCAGAGUAAUGGAGACACAACUAGCUCGCCCUCGUCCGCCCCUGUCGCCUAUAUCACCGGCGGCGCCAGCGGGAUGGGCCUUGCCGUGGCUACAGAACUGAGCGCCAAAGGAUGGAACCUCGCCAUCGUCGACCUGAAUCCGGCGUCGAUCUCAUCUGCGCAAAAGCACCUUGACGGGGAACAUACCAUCUUCAUCCACGCCGACGUGACGGACUAUGAAGCCCAAGGCCGAGCAUUCCUGGCCACGUGGGCUAAGUGGCACAGGCUGGACCUCGUGUUCGCCAACGCGGGUAUAGGUGACCGGAUGGACUUUUACGCGCCGGCCACGACGUGGCACCCAAGUCUGCCUGGGAUCCCUGCGAAGCCGGACGAGCUGGUCAUCGACAUCUGUCUGAACGCCAUGGUGUAUAGCGCGUAUCUGGGGUUGCAUUUCUUCCGUCAAAAUCCGGGAAAGGGAGGCAAGAUUGUGUUUACGAGCUCCAUGUGCGGGCUCUACCCCGGCGACAACAUCCCCCUCUACACCGCCGCGAAACACGGCAUCGUGGGGCUAACCCGCGCAAUGGCCCGCCGAUUACGCACCCUCGGCGAACCCAUCACGGUCAACUGUAUCUGUCCCGGGCUAGUCGACACGGGGUUGACGCCGGCGCUGAUGGCCGUCGCGCCGCCCGAGUAUGUGACGCCCAAGACGACCAUCGUGCGGGCCGUCAUGGGGUUUGUGAUGGGCGACGAGGCCGCGUCAGGCCAGGUUGCAGAGUGUAGUGUCGACAAGAUCCACUAUAGAGAGCAGCCUGCUUGGGGAGACGAGGCGGCCGAGUGGAUCAUGACGAAUAAGUUGGAGGCCGAGAUGAAGAGGCGGGCUGCGAAGGUUUGA